CACGUUGGCAUUUGUGGCAUUUACGUAGCACGAUUUUUGGCAGAUGGGAAUAUCAAAUAGGAUUUAUUAAUUUUCAGAUGCAGUAAAAAUACACGAUAGUAAACAGGCCGCGUCGAAUUAGUGUAAUUUAAGGUGCCGUUCACGCUAAGGAAUCGUUUGGUAAUCAAUAAAAAUAGAAGUUUAUUUAUAAAAUGGCAUCAAGAGGUGGUGUUAUGGUUACGGGGACGAACGGGGCUGAUUUCGAGCACAGGGAAAAAGUGGCGGCCCAUUAUCAAAUAAGCGCACUGAACAAGUCACGACUGAAGUACUGUGUCUUUUUCCAUCAUGUCCUCUUCUUUUUGAUGUUGGCUAAACUAUCCGCUGAUAUACUGGACAAGCUCGAUAUAUUUAUCCUUGAAAUAGAGGAGUUGCAGAUACCACAGCCACUAUGGUGGGAGUACAUCUGGUGUCUCUCGCUGCUGCUGUCAUUCCUCGGCUUGUCGGCCAUCAAGCGGAACAACAUCCGUUACCUGCGGCAGUACAUGUACGGCAUCAUCGCACUGGGGCUCGGCCCGCUGUUGUACUGUGUGCUCCACUACUGCGGGGACGUGUGGACGUAUCUGACUGCUGAUGAGGAUGAUAUCGAUGAUAUACAGUUGUGGCAGGGCUACCCGUACGGUCUUCUGUGGUACGCGUUCGUCCUGCUGGCGUCCCAGGUCCACUCGUUUCAGCUGUACUUCGGCUACAACCUGCUGCGCGCCUGGCGAGCCCGAGGCUUGCGUUUCGGCGGGCUUAUAAUGGAUCUGGUAAGAGGCAUCAUCUCAUUUUCGAGAAAUUUUGUCGCUGCGAUGAGGAAUAUUAAGCCAGACAUCAAAAUAGCGACCUACAAGCGACCGUCCCAGCCCCAAGUAGUUCCAGAGGUUAAGAACUAGAUAACUAAAGGAUAAAUUGAGGUUUUAAUAUGAACAGUCUGUCUGUUCAUCUGUUGAAAGUGUUGCCAUAUGAGGGUUUUCGGUUUUGCCACAAGAUGGCAGACUCGACAGCGCCACCUGGAGGCUUCAUGAUUUAAAAAGUUUACUAACUUUCGACUCCAACUGCCACCUCAGGCUUAGCAUGGCAGUAAAAAGGCAAAAAAAAUAUAGACUUACGGCUGCACUCAG